AUGUUAAAAAUAUUAAAUGCCACAUCUAAGCUGUCUAGAACAGCUCUUUCAAGGUCUGCGCCAGCUUUCUCUACAUCUUCUUUACGAUUAGCGAUAGAUGAUUCUGUCAACCGUAAAGAGGCACCUAUCAUUGAUAAUGAAGCCGUGUUAGCUCUGCCUGAAGAAGUGAAGGAGAGAAGUGUUCAAGAUGCCACUAUCACUGUGCCUAAGAAGGUUGAUUUAACUCCAAUUACUGGAAUACCCGAAGAACAUAUUAAAACUCGUAGAGUUCGCAUCUACCAACCUUCAAAGAAUGCUAUGCAAAGUGGAACCAGCAACACUCAUCACUGGGAAAUGGAGUUUGAUACUCGCCAACGAUGGGAAAAUCCUCUAAUGGGCUGGACUUCUACUGGAGACCCUUUGUCUAACAUGAAAAUUGAGUUUUCAUCUCCUGAUGAAGCUAUUGAACACUGUGAAAAGAAUGGUUGGAUGUGGUACUUGGAUGUUCCCAAACUAGACAAAGAAUUCAAGCCUAAGAGCUAUGGAGUUAAUUUUUCAUGGAAUCGCCGUACUAGAGUAUCCACCAAG